AUGGGAAUCCUUUCUCAUAACAAAAUAGAAUUAUCAUUGUUUCCCAUUGUUGUGUUGCUUUGUCUUGCAUGGUCAGCUUCAGCAAAUAAUUCAGCACACAACACUUUCAUUCAUUGCCUUGUAAACCAUUCAGAGCCCUCUCACCCCAUAACUUCAGCAAUUUUCACCCCAAACAACGCCUCAUUUUCUUCAGUGUUGCAAGCCUACAUUAGAAACCUUCGUUUCAACACCUCCACAACCCGAAAGCCAUACCUUAUAAUAACUGCAUUGCAUGUAUCCCAUGUACAAGCAGCCAUUGUUUGUGCUCAAAAACACAACUUGCAAAUGAAAAUCCGAAGUGGAGGCCAUGACUACGAGGGUGUUUCCUACGUGGCUGAGGUCCCAUUUUUCAUCCUUGACAUGUUCAAUCUCAGAUCCAUUGAGGUUGAUAUGAGCACUGAAACUGCUUGGGUCCAAGCUGGUGCAACACUUGGUGAAGUUUACUAUAGAAUUGCUGAGAAGAGUAAAACUCACGGCUUCCCAGCUGGGGUUUGUCCCACUGUUGGUGUAGGAGGCCACAUAAGUGGUGGCGGCUAUGGGAACAUGAUGAGAAAAUAUGGUCUCUCAGUGGAUAAUGUUAUUGAUGCACAAAUGGUUGAUGUUCAAGGUAGGUUGCUUGAUAGAAAAUCCAUGGGUGAAGAUCUCUUUUGGGCCAUUAGAGGUGGUGGUGGAGCUAGCUUUGGUGUGGUUCUUGCCUACAAAAUAAAGCUAGUUCAAGUUCCUGAGACAGUCACUGUUUUCCAAGUUGAGAGGACCUUGGAGCAAAAUGGCACAGAUAUAGUGUAUAAUUGGCAGCAUGUUGCACCUACUAUUGACAAUGACCUUUUCAUUAGGCUCAUUUUGGACGUCGUAAACGGUACACAAAAUGGAACAAAGACUGUGAGGGCUACCUUCAUAGCUCUCUUCCUUGGUGACUCCAAAACUCUUGUUUCUCUCUUGAAUGAGAGCUUCCCUCAAUUGGGUUUGAAACAAUCGGAUUGCAUCGAAACAAGUUGGCUUCGAUCGGUGCUGUUUUGGACAAACAUUAACAUCACAGAACCGGUUGAGAUUUUGCUUGAUAGGCAACCACAAUCACUUAACUACUUGAAAAGAAAAUCUGACUAUGUGAAGACACCAAUUUCCAAAGAGGGUUUGGAAGGGAUUUGGAAGAAGAUGAUUGAGUUGGUGGAUGCAAUACUAUACUUCAACCCUUAUGGUGGAAGAAUGGCUGAGAUUCCAUCAACAGCAACUCCUUUUCCUCAUAGAGCUGGGAACCUAUGGAAGGUCCAAUACCAAGCAAAUUGGAACCAACCAGGGAAAGAGGUAGCAGAUCACUACAUAAACUUGACAAGAAAACUUCAUAAAUACAUGACUCCUUUUGUCUCCAAGAACCCAAGAGAGGCUUUCUUCAAUUACAAGGACCUUGAUUUGGGAAUUAACCACAAUGGAAAGAACAGCUACUUUGAAGGGAGAGUUUAUGGAGUAGAGUAUUUCAAGGAUAACUUCAACAGGUUGGUUCAAAUAAAGACUAAGGUUGAUCCAGGGAAUUUCUUUAGGAACGAACAAAGCAUCCCUACACUGCCAAAUGGGAAGAGUUAG